AUGGCGAGAAAAAGUGACAAUGCAAAGAGCAUCAACGUCGCGGUGGUCGGGCUUUCCGGCACGGAGAAGGACAAGGGACAGGUCGGCGUCGGCAAGUCGUGUCUGUGUAAUCGCUUCAUGCGUUCCAUGAGCGAUGACUACAACGUCGAGCAUAUUUCGGUGUUGUCGCAGUCUGACUUCAGCGGACGUGUGGUGAACAAUGACCACUUCCUGUAUUGGGGUGAGGUGAUGAAAACGGCGGAGGAUGGGACGGAGUUUCAGUUUCAAGUUAUAGAGCACACGGAAUUUAUAGACGAUGCGUCGUUUCAGCCGUUCAAAGGCGGCAAAAUGGAACCAUAUGCGAAGAGAUGCGCUGCUACGAAGAUUACAAGCGCGGAGAAGCUCAUGUAUAUCUGUAAAAAUCAGCUGGGCAUAGAGAAAGAAUACGAACAGAAAGUUCUACCUGACGGUAAAUUGAACAUUGACGGAUUUUUGUGUGUGUUUGAUGUGAGUCUCGUGCCGAAUAGGGCAAUAGAAAAGCAGGUUGAGAUUGUGGCGAAUAUCUUGAACAAUUUGAUGAAGACGAAAAAGUCGAUAGUACUGGUAACGACCAAGAACGACGAUGCGAAUGAGCAGUUUGUCAAAGAGGCCGAGAAGUUAAUAAUGCGCAAAGAAUACAAGGGAUCGAUUUUAAUCGUCGAAACUUCGGCGCACGAGAACAUCAACGUGGAUUUGGCGUUUAUGAUUCUGGCGCAGUUAAUCGACAAGACGAAAAUGCGCAGUAAAGUGAUACCAUUCUCGGAGGCAGCCAGAGCUAGGAAGGAACUCUUGGAUGCAUCGACGGAAUCGUUACAGAGAUUGAUCCGAAUACACGUAACCGAUUAUCGCGCCUUGUGGUCGCAAGCAUCGAAGAAAUUAGCGCAACUCAAAGAAUUUUCCACCUUUGUAGAGUUAUUCGGUAUCGAAUCGACGCAGAGAUUAUUCAGAAGGCAUAUUAAGAAGUUGAAAGACGAACAGAUAGCGAAAAAAAUACAGGGCUACUUAGAUAUGUUACCGGAUAUACUUCAUGAAAUUUGUCCAGAUAUAUCGAAUUUAAUUAAUGAAGAAUGGUCGGCGGUGCAACAAUACAUAAAGACGCAUCCUGAUUUUGAUCAAUAUUUCUACGAAUGUCCCGAGGAUAUACCGUGGAUCGAUUGUGAUUUUGGAGAAAACAACGGCACGAAAAUUCCAUACGAUGUGCUGGAGACUCCCGAAGCGGAAACCGUAUUUAAAAAUCAUAUAAAUGCUCUACAGCAAGAGCAACGGCGAUUAGAACUUCCGAAAAGGUGGAAGAAACAAUUUAAACAAUUGUUGGAGGAAACUGGUUAUGUUACGCCUGGAAAACACUUGUCUGAAGUUAGAGUUUUAUUUAUGGGUAGAGAAUGCUUUGAGGAGCUUUCUCAUCAUGAUUGUCAAGAAAUUUAUGAUCAGCAUCAAAAAGAAAUUAUUGAAAAAGCAAAGCACAAUUUUCAAGAAUUAUUGUUGGAACAUGCUGAUCUAUUUUAUCAUUUCAAGAGUAUAGCUCCAUCGGGAACUAUUACACAAGAUGAUAUAAAAGAAAUUACAGACGCAUUAUUGGAUGAUUUUAGAUACAAAGCAUUAGAUAGAUUAGAUCAAGAUAGAAAGUUAAUGUUGUUUCAACAUUUGGGAUUUGUACAUUGUCCUAUAAGGGAGCAUUGUCCUGCAUAUCCCAAUUGCAUGGACGCACUUAUAGAAAGAAUACUCGGAACAAAAGCACACAGACCUUCCUCAUGGAAUCACAGUAGUCAGUGGCAGUUAACGUCGGACAACAAUCAAUUAAAUUUAGUUAUACUUGGAAGUAACGGGCUAAGCGAAGAGUUUGCUCGCGAAAUAAGGGCACAAACAGAUGAUGACGAAGUGGAAAUAGAUUGUCAACUCUACACUCUCGGAUAUCGCAUCAUAGACGGCGAUGUCGGACUACCGCAUAAUUCCUUCACUACCUCCGAUUUCAUGCCGCAUGGAUCCUUUUGUAUCUAUUCGAAUGAAGAUUCAUUCGAAUAUAUUCGAUCUUCUUUAGAGAAAACCUUGUUAUCAAAUCUAGAGCAAGAGGAUAGACUACCAUUUCAAGGAUUGCCCAUUGUAAUAAUGUUUAUACCAGAAGCUAGUAUUGAUGAAAUGGAGGCCAUGAAGCUCAGAGAAGAGGGACAAAAUCUCGCCGACAGUUUGCAGUGUCCGUUUAUCGAUGUCUGCAUAGACGAUCUGGAGCAAGAGAAGCACAAAAGGUUUCCGACUUCAUUGGUAAAGGACGCUUUGCAACAACUUAUACAAUCCAUAAAUCACAGAGCUGGUUUUUUAAAUAUAUAUCAAAGCGUUAUUGAAUGUUUGGAGCCUGAUAUUAGAAUAAUAAUGUGUAUGUUCUGCGGCGAUCCUUAUUCAGUUGAGAACGUUCUUGGCCCUUUACUCAAUCAUCAAUGCUGCUUUCUCAGUGGAGAUAGAUCUAUAGUUUUGGAAACAUUUUUGGGAGAAUGUAAACGUAGAGUUGAAGUCAUUAUCUCGAGUUUUCACGGAGCCAAUGCAUUUAGAGAUGAAUUAGUACAUGGUUUUAUACUCGUCUAUUCCACAAAGAGGAAAGCCUCUCUCGCGACUCUAAAUGCUUUUUCCACCAAUAUACCAAAUUUGCCAAUACAAAUAAUGGCUGUGACUGAUACUGGCGGUGCGAAUGCUUUCUUCAGUAAUGAUUUAAGUCACCUACUUAUCACAGAGGGAAACGCAAUUGCGGAUAAAUUGGAGGCGCAUUUCAUGACAUCCGCAUCUAGUUGUCAACAAAAAACUGCGUUUUACACGCCCUUCUUCAAAGUGGUAUGGGAGAAGAAACCGGAGAUCGAGCAGGCGUUUAACAUGGAGGAGCCAGGGAAUUUGAAUGAUAGCGGAGAAGGCACCCUAGAAUAUUCGGCUUUACAUCCAAUGCCGCCACCGCGACAUGAGAGCUAUCACCUUCAAACACCGGAUGACGGUAUGUCUGUAACUUUCAGAAGCGGCUCCGAGUCGUACGAACAAUUGACGCCCGAUGGUGACCUAGGUGACACCGGUUUGACUGAACAAUUCGCCGAUCACAGAGCCACUCCAAGCGACGACAGUGACAUUUACAGCCAGGUUGAUUUCUAUCGGGAAGAGAGGGAGAGAGAUUUAAUGAAAAAUGAAGAUAUCACGAAUAAACUGUCUGGUUGGGUAAAGGACACGUUCAUGCGCCAAGACGGAGUUACUAACAGUUACUCGCACAGAGCUUUCACGACAGGUCGACGAUAUAUCUCCCAGGCUAAGCCACGGCCGAAAGGCAACAGUCAGACCUUGAAACAACCCGGAAAAAUUAAUCUGAAAGACUUUUCCAAUGUAACGGACGUUAUAGCCAGAAUGACGAUCGGCGAGAAAGAUGAGCACGGUCCAAAAAUGACAAUGGGUCACGCUCCUCUCGCCACUCCGGAACUGGUAGAUCUCGGUUCUGAAUACGCGCAGGUGAAAGACGUUGUUCCGAACAUGUAUUCCGCCUACGAUGGUGAUUAUAUGUACGCCUUGGUGCAAGAUUCUAUCGGCAACAAUAAAUCCAAGUUGCGUCACCGACGCGAAAAGGGACAACCAUCGUACAGCGAUUCUGACUCGGAGUGGAGUUCCUUGGAGAGACAAAGAGCGACAGACAUCUUGGGCAAGGGGAAUAAAAAGCCAUCGUCGCACAAACGAAUACGCAAGAAACGCACUGCGAUACCAGUCGCGACGCCAAAAGUGCCAUCAUUAGCCAGCAUGGGUAGCGGGGAUGGUAUAGUCGGCCUCAACUAUAACAUGAAAGACGAGAAGAAUUGGCGUGUUGAUCCCGCAGAGAGAGUAUCUAGCGAAACACCCGAUACUUCCGAAUCGAGCGAUCCGGAACAUACUUCACGGUCCAGAUCGAAACAAUAUAAAUACGCAGCAGCUAGUCUGCGAAAAAGAUUUUCCGGAAAUUCUCUGCAACAGCAAUACUUACAACAUCCGUUUAAUAUGAAACAUAUGACGCAGGAGAUGUUCAGCGCCUCUUCCAAGCACAGAGGUGAAAAUACAUUUCCAGAUGAUGAAUCAAGUCUAGACGUUUCCUCGCCGCGUGAAAUUAAUUCUCCCAGUUUCGGUAUAUUGAAUAAGUCGAAGGACAGCGAUAAGUUAACUAGAAAGAAAGAUAAACAAAAGGCAAAGGAGGACGAAAAGUUAGAGAAAAGAAGGCAAAAAGAGGAAAAACUUAAAAAGCAUGCAGAGAAGGAGAAAGAGAGAGAAAAGAAGAAACAGGAGAAGAUAAAACAGACCAAAGGUCCGGGGGGAACACCGAUCUCGAGUCAAUCACAGCAACCCUUGAUUGAAGAUUUUGCGCAGAGCGAAACGAAUCGGAUACCUUUGUUCCUCGAGAAGUGCGUUCGAUUUAUCGAAGACGAGGGUUUGGAUUCGGAAGGGAUAUAUAGGGUGCCCGGUAAUCGUGCACACGUGGAAUUACUUUUCCAAAAGUUCGAAGAAGAUGGUAAUGUCGACAUACAUUCUUUGGAUAUUCCUGUAAAUGCUGUCGCUACAGCCCUGAAAGACUUCUUUUCCAAGAGAUUACCACCGCUUAUUGAUAAAGAACGCAUGAGCGAAUUGGAAGAUAUAUCGGGUGCACGAGGUAUUAGCAAACCUAUGUCAGCGACUUGCAUGAACAUGGAAGACCGAAGCGGGAGACUGUUAGCCUUGCGUAUGAUGCUCAACAAGUUAAAUCCAGUAAACUUUGACGUUCUUAAAUUUAUCUUCCAGCACUUCGUGAAAGUUGCGGAGAAUUGUAAACUUAAUAGUAUGGACAGCAAGAACUUAGCGAUUUGCUGGUGGCCUACGUUACUACCGAUCGAGUUCAACGACCUCGGCAGAUUUGAAGCUAUGAGGCCGUACCUGGAAGACGUAGUCCAGACGAUGAUCGAUCAGUAUCCCUUCCUGUUCUGUGGUGAGGAUGCUGUUGUGAUGGUGUAGUGACGAAACGCGUUAUUUAACUGUGCAGUGCAGAGUUCUCAACGUCCGUGCGAGACUGCAGUAUUUCUUGUGGACAACGGUGGUAGAAGUAGCGCGUCCAGCCGAGACCUCGCAAUAACGCGCCUGCUUCGUAAAAUAACCCGAGAUUUCUUUUAUACGUUGUCGACAGUUGCGAUACAGGCGUAAACGAUUGGUCUCAAAAUAUAGUUUGUUAGUUAUUAAUAUUAAACUUCGCUUUAGUACUCGUAAUACAACUAAUACAAGUCCCACGUAGAUGCAACGUGGACGAACAAAGUCUAUUUAAGUUUAGUCAUUCGCAUUCGUUCAUUUCCGGAAUGUGCGACAAGCAAGAUUUUUCCUUGUGGAAUCGAUCGAUUGAUGGUCCUAAAAUGAUGGUUAUUCGCGUGCGCGGAUCAGAUAAUACAAAAAUAUUAAGAGUCAAUCCAUGUGUCAUAACAGUAUGCAUGUAUCAUGUUGGAUGUAUCCAGAGCGAUGUAUUUAUUGAUAUUGUAUUAGGGAUGUACGACUCGAUAUUUGAUAAUAGCGAUUAGCUCUUUAUAAGUAGUUAUUAAGAAAGUAAGAUCGAUGUUGCUUUUUUUAUUCGCUUUUUUUGCUCCGUCUUUCCGUUCUCUUUCUUCGUGUCUUCUUGUCCACAUUGCCAAGAAUGAAAGUGCUGAGCGCAAAGUAACGACAUUAAUGUAGUCUCGUUAAAGAGACUGUUAUUAGUAUUUAAAGGAGGGUGUGUCCAGCCCAUAUUUACAAAAGGUACGAAGCGUAUAUAAAACGAGAUUUAUCGUCAAAUAUUACAUAUUACAUAGCAACGAUAUCAAAAAUGCCAGAAUUUUUAGCGUAUUUCCUUUUGCCAAUGCACAAAUCGCUUCUCGAGUGUAUUUACUUUUGCAUUUCUAUCGAUUAUCUCGUGCAAGAAUUUUUAAACAGUUUUUAUCCGCGUAUCUGGGCUGAGCGAACUCAAACGACGAUACAAUCCGUAUAUUCAUUCCGUCUAAAAAAAAUGGUAAAGUAAAAACGAAAAAAAGAAACACGAAAAGCGUUACAUGUAAUUGCACAAUGUCUUGACAAAUAGCGUUAACAUGCGUAUGCGAAAGCAGGAUAAAAAAAGGAGAAGUAUUUCGUACACGCAACUCACACAGACACACAUAAAAGUGGAAUCGAAAUAACUUAAGAAAUAUUUAGAGCUACGAACAAUAUUAAAGUUUCUUAAAACGGAUAUGUACAUAGAAUUUUAACGAUUUAAGAUAUAUACGAAGUUUGUAAGACAAGACAUUAAAUUCAUAGACUUUUUUUCAAGAGUAAAAGAAGUCCGUUUUAUGCAAGGAGCAGACGUUACUUCGUUCGUAUCUUUGCAAAAAAAGAAACGCAGAAAGUAUUUAUUAGCACGCUACUAUCGCGCAUAAGGGAUUCAGGACCGACGAUUCAGUUAAAUGAAAGAGAACUAUCGUCUAUCUUUUUAUAUUUAAUCGGCCGCGCACACGUUAAUUUAUUUUUUUCGCUGUUCGCUUUGAAUUCACAUGAAUCCGCGGAUCCAGCGGGUCAUUUUCAUAGGUGUGCCAUAACUUAAACUCGAUGUUAACGAUCGUAAUGACAGAUGUAUGCCUUUUGGCGGCUCAACAUUCGAAAGUAAGCGUGUCGUUUAAUAGCCGACCGCGAGCGUUCGCGAUCGCAGUGUAUUGCCGAGAGAUACUUAAAUGUCGCCUCUGAAUGUUGGAGCCAUUAUGAAUAAAAGAAAAAAAAGGAACAGUACACACGCGCGCACACAUAACACACAUACACAUACACUUUUGUAACCCGAAGAUUAAUCUCAAACAUUCCUGUAAGGAACGUCGAUGUUACUUUAUAGUCUCGCGAGAGACGCGUUUCAAUCGAACCGAGUUCGUAAAAUUCAUGAGAGAAAUCUCGAGAGUCUCGCAAGAGAAAGAGAUAAGAAAAGAAAAAUCUUUUUAUCGAUCCUCGUGGGAAACGUGCGUCUCGCGAACUCAGCCGCUCUGUAUUUGUAAGGAAAUCGUUGUAACGAUAUUUCUAUAAUCGACGCGUCGCGAGGAUGUGCGCGACGAGAGGAAAAAAGAAGGAACGGAUCGUACAUUCCCCAUUUAGUCGUAAAGAAAGAAAAACAGAUUUUAUACAUUCGUACGUACGUAAUUG